UUUUUGGACACUGUACCCAUCUCUGAGAAAAGUCCAGACAGAUACCAUGGCUCCAGACAAAAGGGAAGGGAAGUCUCAGGUGUCAGUGACAUUUGAAGACGUGGCUGUGCUCUUUACUCGGGACGAGUGGAAGAAGCUGGAUCUCUCUCAGAGAAGCCUGUACCGUGAGGUGAUGCUGGAGAACUACAGCAACCUGGCCUCACUGGGAUUCCCAUUUACCAAACCAAAGAUGAUCUCCGUGCUGCAGCAAGGAGAAGAACCCUGGAAAGUGGAGAAAGAAAGCCAAGGAUGCUCCUCUCUUGGAUGUAAUAGCAGUCUUCAAACCACAAAAUCAACUCAAACUAAAGAGUCAUCAUUUCAGGAAUUGAAGAGGAAACAACUCAAAAGGGAUGCAGACUGGGACUUCACCUCAGGAAUAUCCUGCAGAUCUGACAACAGUUUUAAAAAACAGAACAAAAAUGAAAGCUUACAAAUAAUUUCUAUCACCCAUACAAAAAUUCUUACUGUAGAUAAAAGCCAUAAGAAUUUUGAGUUUGGUCCAAGUGUCAGCCUGAAGUCAAUCGGUAAGCAAAAGAUUGCUAGAGAAAAAACACAAAGAAAUAGCCUCAAGGAAAAUUCAACUUCACUUAAUCAACCAAAAAUCAAGACAUUAGAGAAACGCUUUAAAUGUAGUACUUGUGAAAAGGCCUUCAUUCACAACUCAUCCCUUCGAAAACAUCUGAAAAACCAUAGUGGAGAGAGAUUAUUUCAAUGUAAAGACUGUUUGAAAGCUUUCAGCCAAAGUUCCGCUCUUAUUCAACAUCAAAGAACUCAUACUGGAGAGAAGCCCUACAUAUGUAAGGAGUGUGGGAAGGCCUUCAGCCACAGUGCAUCCCUUUGUAAGCAUCUAAGAACUCAUACUUUGGAGAAAUCCUAUACGUGCAAAGAAUGUGGAAAAUCUUUUAGUAGAAGGUCUGGUCUUUUUUUGCAUCAAAAAAUCCAUGCCCGAGAAAACCCUCAUAGAUAUAACCCAGGAAGGAAGGCAUCCGCUUCCCUCCCAGGAUGCCAGAGAGCUCAUUCCAGAAAGAAGACCUACUUGUGUAACGAAUGCGGCAACACCUUCAAGUCUAGCUCCUCCCUCCGUUACCAUCAGAGAAUCCACACCGGAGAGAAACCUUUCAGAUGUAGCGAAUGCGGUAGAGCCUUCAGUCAGAGCGCAUCACUUAUUCAGCACGAAAGAAUCCACACGGGAGAAAAGCCCUACAGGUGUGGCGAGUGUGGGAAAGGCUUCACUUCUAUCUCAAGACUCAAUAGACACCGGAUAAUUCAUACAGGAGAGAAAUUGUAUAAUUGCAACGAGUGUGGCAAAGCCUUAAGUUCCCACUCAACUCUUAUUAUUCACGAACGAAUCCACACUGGAGAGAAACCGUGUAAGUGUAAAGUUUGUGGGAAAGCCUUCAGACAGAGUUCAGCUCUGAUCCAACAUCAGAGAAUGCACACUGGGGAAAGACCCUAUAAAUGUAACGAGUGUGGGAAAACAUUCAGGUGUAACUCAUCCCUAAGUAACCAUCAGCGAAUCCACACUGGAGAGAAACCUUAUCAAUGUAUAGAAUGUGGGAUGUCAUUUGGACAAAGUGCAGCUCUUAUUCAGCACCAGAGGAUUCACACAGGAGAGAAACCCUUUAAAUGUAACACCUGUGGGAAGAGUUUUAGACAAAGCUCCUCACUUAUUGCCCAUCAGCGGAUUCACACUGGAGAGAAACCCUAUGAAUGUAGUGCAUGUGGAAAGCUCUUCAGUCAGAGGUCCUCCCUUACCAAUCAUUAUAAAAUUCACAUUGAAGAGGACUCCUUGAACAUAGAUUUGCAUGAGUAAAAGCAAUUGACCAAAGUUCUUCAGAGGAUAUAUACUUCAUAUUGACAAUAAAUAUAGUGAAUAUAAGACAACUUAUUUAGCCCUAUGAGAUAUUAAAAUUGCAAGAACAAACUGUGAUCAUAUAAUAACAGAGAAAAUUUCACACCUGUCAGUCACAUUUUGUGAUCAGAUACUUUACCAUAGCAGACAUUGACAAUAGCCAUUUAUAAGGUAACAGAAAUGCUUUUUUAUUUUAUCCACAUUAUAUAAUAUAUGCAAUAUAUAAACACUAGAAAGAUCUGAGUUCUGGAGUGUUAGUUUGUCAUUAGAAAAAGGAGUAUCACCUAUUAGCAUAUUUACUACAGCUAAUAUUUUAAUAGUAAACCAUUAAAAUAUAUGCAUUUUU